CUCGCUGCUUCGACGGCGUUUACCUCUGUCUACUUUGUCCAAGCUCCAAUGUUUCUCACUCUAUGCUUUCAAUCGUUAUGACUCUUGCCCUUUUCUUCCAAAUUCAUAACACCUGCUUCUCCUGAUUUUCCCGGUAAAGUUACUGAAAAAAGAGCAGUCACGUUUCUUCAAGUUUUUGUUUGACUCUUGUGAAUUUAAUCUUUUGGAGAUUUAGAUGGAUUUAGGUCUCUAUGCAUCACUUGCCUCGAUUUUUAACUCAUAGCAAGAGGGGCGGCCCUAUGGACCCUAAGAACCGUAGGAUGCCGGGGCUGGAUCGCCGAAAUGCGGCGAAGAACAUUGAUUAUGAUGCGACGUCGGAUUGCUCAUCAAUUUCUAGCACGGAACUCAUGUCCAACAUUUCGCCAAAUGGGAGAUUUAGAAGGAUUAUUGAUUACUGGGAAAAAGGUGAGCUUCUGGGAAGGGGGUAGUUCGGAUCGGUAUAUGAAGGAAUCUCUAAUGAUGGAUUCUUUUUUGCUGUAAAAGAGGUUUCUUUGCUUGAUCAAGGAAAUGAAGGCAAGCAAAGUGUUUACCAACUUGAGCAGGAGAUUGCUCUUUUAAGUCAGUUCGAACAUGAAAACAUAGUUCAGUAUUACGGCACUGAUAAGGAUAACUCGAAACUAUAUAUCUUUCUUGAGCUUGUAACUAAAGGCUCCCUUAUGAAUCUCUAUCAGAGAUACAAUCUUCGAGAUUCACAAGUUUCUGCAUACACAAGGCAGAUUUUGCAUGGUUUGAAGUAUCUUCAUGCUCAAAAUGUUGUUCAUAGGGAUAUCAAAUGUGCAAAUAUAUUGGUAGAUGCUAAUGGAUCAGUGAAACUUGCAGAUUUUGGAUUGGCAAAGGCAACAAAAUUAAAUGAUGUUAAAUCUUGCAAGGGGACUGCAUUUUGGAUGGCACCUGAGGUUGUCAAUAGGAGAAAUCAGGGUUAUGGGCUUCCAGCUGAUGUGUGGAGCCUUGGAUGCACUGUUUUGGAGAUGUUAACCCGUCAGAUCCCAUAUUCCCAUUUAGAAUGUGUGCAGGCAUUGUUUAGGAUUGGCAGAGGUGUGCCACCGCCUGUUCCUGAUUUUCUUUCACAAGAUGCACGGGAUUUUAUUUUGCAAUGCCUACAAGUUAAUCCCAAUGAUCGUCCUACUGCUGCUCAGCUCUUAGACCAUUCAUUUGUAAGACGAUCACUUUCCACGUCAUUGUCAGGUUCUGCGUCACCUUAUAUUGGCCGAAAAUCUUGGAAGCUCUCACCUAUGACGACUGAUAAUUAGUUCUGUCCACAGCAAAGCAUGCAGGACUCAUUUAUCAUGUUGCAUAUACAAGUGGGUCGACUUGUUCUUGGACGCUGUAUUUUGCAGCCAUUAAUUUUUGGUUGCAUAAAACUAAAAGCAUGCGAGCUUGGUUUAAAUUAAUGAAGAUCGAAAUGACGUGCAGGAUCUGGCCUUGUAACUUUACUAUGAUGAUAUCAGAUUUUUUAUUCAUGGGUUCUGCUCUGAAAAUUCAACUUUAUAGCUCUGACGGUUCUUAAAGUAGCAUUUAGUUAUUUGUCUGCUGUGGAAAAGAUAAAUUGUUGUAAGAAAUGGGGAGCAGACGCCAUUGUGUGUAUAUAUCCCAUGAUUGUAGCAAAUGUCAGUGAUAAUUCAACUUUUAGUGUUUUUUUUUUUUUUUUCAAAAGUUUUGUACUACGAACGGCUUUUGUAAAAUAUGUUCCAUAUGAAUGCAUUGAUUCUAAAUUAUUUCUUUGCUGGUGAA